CUGGGAUCAUUUAAGGACAGUUUUAUCCGCCGAAGCCUCCGUUUUUUCCCGCUGAAGCCUCUUGAAGACUGCGGUCUGUGUGCUGGAUGUGAGUUGAUGUCGACGUCAGGAUUCCUGCGAUUAUUUGCCGGAAGAUUCUGCGCGAGGGUUUGUUUUUGUUUGAAGCUCACGAUGAAGGAUAACGUUUAUAACGAAAAACGGACAUAAAACACGGAAAGACGAGCGCUGAAGAGGCCUGUGGUUUAUUUUAAUCGGAUAUUAAGCUUGUCCUCUCAUCAUUGGAGCAUGGACAGAUUGGAGGAUAACAUAAACCGUUGGUUAUGGCGGGAAGACUUCUGGCUUCCUCCUGGCGUUACGUGGAAAGACAUCGCAGAGGGAACGUCUGACGGAAGUCGGCAUCCCGUACCGCGGGAUCUGCUCAUCUCAUUCCCAUUGGCCCUGGGGUUCAUCGCCCUGCGUUUUGUAUUCGAAAGGGUGGUGGCUCUGCCUCUGAGCCGCCGGCUGGGUGUUCGUGACAGGGUUCGGCUUCACAUCACACCGAUCCCCAAACUGGAGGCGUUCUACCUGCAGAAGAAGAAGACUGAGCCGUCACAGGAGGAUCUUCAAGCUCUGGUGAAGCUCUGUGGUCUCAGCGAGCGUCAGAUUCAGUCAUGGCUCCGGCGCCGCAGGAUUCAGGACCGGCCCGCAAACUCCCGCAAGUUCAGCGAAGCCUCGUGGAGGUUUGGCUUUUAUCUCAUCAUCUUCUCAGCCGGUCUGAUUUCUCUCAUUCACACUCCGUGGUUUUGGGAUCACCGGGAAUGCUGGAGCGGAUACCCGGCACAGGCCGUCGCUGAAGCCCAGUAUUGGUAUUAUAUUAUCGAGUUGUCCUUCUACCUCUCACUUCUGCUCUGCGUAUCGGUGGACAUAAAGCGCAAAGACUUCCAAGAGCAAAUCAUCCACCACAUCGCCACCAUUUUCCUCAUCGCGUUCUCAUACUGUGCGAACUACGUGCGGGUGGGAACCCUGGUGAUGCUCGUUCACGACUCGUCUGACUUCCUUCUGGAGUCAGCCAAGAUGUUUAACUACGCUGGAUGGAGGAAGACCUGCGAUGCCCUGUUUGUUGUUUUCGCUGCAGUUUUCUUAGUAACUCGCCUUAUAGUUUUCCCUUUUAGAAUCGUCUACACCGCUGUGGUGGAUUCAUUGGACGUAUUUUCUCCAUACCCUGGCUAUUAUUUCUUUAACGGCCUGUUACUGGUUCUUCAAGCUCUGCACAUCUUUUGGGCUUGGCUGAUUCUUCGAAUGGUUCACAAAUUUGUCUUUUUAGGCAAAGUGGAACGAGAUGAACGGAGUGACGAUGAAAGCGAGCCUGAUGAGGAUGAUGAAGUCGGAGAAGAAGAAGAAGAGCGCAGCUGGGAGCACAAAAAGGGUGCACUUAAUUCAAAACUGGCUUCUUUGGCCAAUAACUGUGUUUUGAACAAUUUAACGAACCAGAGACAAAAAAUGAAUAGUAGAACACUGAAGGAGAGAUAGUGAAUCCACUGUAUGCAUUUAAAGAGACAGUUCACCCAAAAAUAAAAAUGAGUUUCCUUCUGUUGAACACAAUGAAGAUAUUCUGAAGAAUGGUGGAAAAGACAACCACUGACUACAAUAAUACUUUUGGACAUCAUUUUCUGCUUUUCCCCAAACAUUCUUCAAAUUAUCUUAUUUUAUGUUCAACAGAAAAAAACUACAAUCUUUAAAACCACUUGAGCGUGAGUAAAAGAAAGGUGAACUAUCCCUUUAAGUGUUUCGCUUUUAACUCACUUUCUUAGCUUUCUUGUUUGUCAAGGUUUAACUCUUAACUUCAUAUUUUGGUUUCAUAACUAUAAUAAAUAAUACAAUUUAUGUUGUUACCAUUA